GGACAUUAUCUAAGCGUCAUUAUGGCAAAGUAAAAAAGAAUAUACAUAAACCUCAAUCAUAUUGGACAACGAGGUGAAUUCAUGGAGGGGAUGAGUCAACAAAACCAUGGAGAUGGCCCCAAGCACUUGGUUGGUGCGGUGAGUCGGGGUUUCAUAUUGUCCAAUCAGAGCUCAUUGACAAUUUCACAGAAAAUAAUCGGGCUCUCGACGGGUGAGGAAUCCUUCCCUUUUCACCGAGCCUUCCCAAGACAGCAAUAUGACUUUGGCCGUCGAUCUUCUUAACCCUUCCGUUGAGCACGAGAAGCGCUCCCACAAGCUUAAGAGACUUGUUCAAUCUCCCAACUCUUACUUCAUGGAUGUGAAGUGCCCUGGUUGCUUGAACAUCAGCACGGUUUUCAGCCAUGCCCAGACCGUUGUUUUGUGCUCUUCCUGCGGUACUGUCUUGUGUCAACCUACCGGUGGUCGUGCCCGUUUGACUGAGGGUAAAUAUAAAUACGAAGGCAUGAUUUUCUCCAUGGCAAUCUCACUCAUGCGCUUUUUCGAAUUGCUUUCUUUUAGGCUCCUCUUUCCGUAGAAAGGCCAACUAAAUCGGUUGUCAAUGACGAACCGAUGUCGCUUCAGACGUUCAGUUGUAAAAUAGCCUAUGAUGACUCUAUAGCACAGAACAUAUUAAAAACAAUACAAUCUGAAGGAAAAAAAAAACGACUACUACUAAACUCUGGUCUGGUACCGACUUGUUAUUCGAUGACGUGGAUGAUGAACAGCCGG